AGGAAGCAGGGGUGUCGAACUUGAUAGAGAAAGAAACAUCACUCCAUACAGAGCUCGGAUAAAAUAAAAUUAAAUAAAAUUAAAAGAAGAAAAAAGAAGCUCUUCCGGAUAGGAAGGGAGAGUAGAAGUUGAUUGCUUACGCUUGUCACGCUCUCCUCUUUCUAUUUCUAUUUCCAUUUCCAUAUUCGGACUAUGCCCUUUUCCUUCUAUUCUCUCUCUCUUUUUCUUUUUUAUUUCAUUUUUAUCUAUUAUCACUCUUACUGCAAAUCUUCAAUUCAUUUUCUGGUAUGGCGUUUGAUCAAAAUUCCGUAACAAAAGAUCUGCGUCCGCUGAAUGUAGCUACGACCUUGGCUAUGGCGGAGGAGCACUUUGUUUCACCGCCGACCACCGCCACAGCCACCACACCUCCCACGCCCAAUUCGGGUCGUGAAAUGGGAAGCCCCGGCACGCCGCAGGUACCUCUUUUCUACUCACCUACAGUCUCUGACGGCGCCACCCUCGUUGGAUUGAGCUACGGGAAUGUGCCCUCCACCGCUGGCACUACGUGGUGCUUACGUCCCGCCAUGUCCAUUGCCCAUCCCAAUGCGAACCCUGCCAUUGGGUUUAAUUAUGGUCAUAGUUGUUGUAAUAGGGUUGCACCUGGCAAUGCUACUUUGAAUUUGGGGAACUGGGUGGGGACUAAUGGCGCAAUGGAUAAGGCUUGUAAUGAUGCUGGUAAUGGUUUUCCUGCCUACGGUGGUCUUAGGAUUAACAGGGUCGUUGCCAACGCCACUGAUCAGGCUACUUAUGGCCAUACUGCUGGCCACCGGGCUGAUCAUGUUGUUGAGGAUGGUGGCGGUAGUGGUGGCGGCGUCGAUGAAUCUGUUUCUGGGAGGAAAGUGAAGUUCUUGUGCAGCUUUGGCGGGAGGAUUUUGCCGAGGCCUAGUGAUGGCAUGUUGAGAUAUGUUGGAGGGAAGACUAGGAUUAUUAGUGUUAGGAGAGAUGUGAGAUUCAAUGAUUUGAUGCAGAAGAUGGUUGAUACUUAUGGGCAGCCUGUGGUUAUAAAGUAUCAGCUCCCUGAGGAGGAGCUUGAUGCACUGGUCUCAGUUUCGUGCCCCGAUGAUGUUGAGCAUAUGAUGGAGGAGUAUGAAAAGUUGAUGGAGAGGUCCCCUGACGGCUCUGCUAAAUUGAGGGUUUUCCUUUUUUCUGCUGCUGAUCUUGAAAUCUCCGGCGGGAUGCACUUUGCAGACUUGCAGGAUAGCGGUCAGAGAUAUGUCGAGGCCGUGAAUGGAAUUGCAGAUGAGAUUAGUAUUGGAAUCACUAGGAAGGAGAGCGUUACAAGUGCAGCCUCAACUCAGAAUUCUGAUUUGAGUGGCUCGGAGACCCUUGAUAGUUUAAUUUCUGGUGAUGUAAGUGCAGUGCCCAAGGGAAAUGUAGCAGCUUCUUCUGACACUCCUUCAAAUUUGAUGGCUUCUGAGGCCAGUGGAGCUUCUGCAGUUUUGAUGGGCAUGUCGGCUGCUAGGACUCCAACCCACGCACCAUAUUUCCAUAAUGAGGUCGACCUAGAGAGGUCUAUACCUGCUACAAUGUCUCAGCAGUCAGUUGGGUUGCAGCAAAGUGGAAUGGAAGUUCCAUAUUCUUCACCUUAUUUACAGCCCUUUUUUGAUUUGCGCCAGGAAGUUAUGAAUUAUGCAGAUUAUGUCCAGAUGCCUCCACAGACAGGGUUUCGAAAUGCUCAGCUUCUAGGGAAGACAGGGCAAGUCUUCACUCAACCACAGUUUCAUGAUAACAAUCCAGGUUCAGCAUCUCAUCAGGUCAUUCCUGGCAUGCAAAUGACAUUUACUCAACAAGGCAUGCCUUCUCAUGUUGGUGUGAGGUCAAAUGUCGUCCAACCACAACCUGUGAUGCAACUACAGCAAAAUCGUUCAGAGCAGUAUAAUGAUGAAAAUACAUCAGGGAUGAGAAUUUUCCAGCUUCCCACUGAGCAAGGUUACAACACUUACCAGGUUCCAAUGAAUAGAGUCCCUUCUGUCAUCGUUGGAGGUAAUUAUGGCUGGGUUCAGGUUCCUUCACAAGAUCAAGUUGUUUACUCUGAUGGGUUAUUACCCCAACAACAGGUAAUGGUCCCUGAGAAAAGCCAAAGAGUGGAGGACUGUUCAUUAUGCCAAACAAAACUGCCUCAUGCACAUUCCGAUUCAGUGGUUCAAGAUCAACAUAUUAAUGGUGCAGGAUCAAUUCCUGAUUCAGUCCCAGCUUAUCAUAGUCUCCCCACGGAGGACAAUUCAAGAGCUCAAGCUACAAACAAUGUUAUGUCAAGGGAAGGUAUUGCUGAACAAGUGUCCCAGGCCAAACCACAGGUUAUUAGAAAACCGGAGUCCCCAGAUGGACUAACUUGUACUGAAAAAACUGCACCUCCUCAAAAUCUUGAGCCACAACCUGAGGGAGUUAGAAUUUUUACGCAAAAGCUAGAUGGUUCUGAUUAUCCUAGAAAUUCAACUAUGUACGAAACCAUUGGAAGGACAGGGGGGAAACAAUGUCCAACACUGUCUCCAAUUGAUGGGCUCAUGGGAAGUUCACCACUAUCUUAUAUUGAUGAUGUUGCCCUCCGGCAUAUGUCUCCAGUUGAAAACUCGAGUAAACAGGAUGUGUUUGUGAAUAAAACUGGCCAUAACAAUAUUUCUAGAGUUGAUGGGAAUGGGACAGCUACACAAACUUCAGAAUGCAUGGCCCAAGGAUCUCCAAAAGAAUAUACUACUGAGCUUUCUGGUGUUGUACCAAAGUCAGAGUUGGUGGAUAAGAUUACACAGGACAAUCUGAAACCUAUUGAUGGAAGGAUGGACACCCUCAACGUCCGCAUUCCUGAAGUUCAUGUGAGUAAUGAUCGCUGCUUUCAGCAGGUUGAUAAAUCUAGCGGGGUUGCUAGGGUUCCUAGUAUGCUGCCUUCUUCUACAGAAAUUUUGUAUGCCCAUAAUUCUAGGCCAGGGGAAUACAAUGAGGUUGCACAACACCGAAACAACUUCAUCAAUAUCACAAUCUGUAAGGUUUGGAGAUAUUCAGGAUUCGACAAACUCACUUUUCAGCAAUCAAGAUCCUUGGAAUAUACAGCAUGGCAACUCUGGCGAACAAAAUUUAGGAGCACAAUUUGAUGAUGGCCUCUACCAGUCUUUGAAACAGCAUUUACCUUUAGAACAUGUUCGAUCUGCCAAAGGCUGUUGCUGAAGAUGUAGCAGCUUCUGUUCUGCACUCAAGAAUUCCUUCAAAUCCUGACUUGCAUGCAAGGGACAAUAUGUACCUUGAAAACACAGAGGAUGGUGAAGAUAAAAACAAUCUGAUAGAUGUUUCUGAAACUCAGAGCAUCAAGAGCAAGCAACCAGAAACGACAAAUUUUGGCUUUCCAGCAUCAGAUGUUGGAGGAUUGCAGGUAAUAAAGAACUGUGACCUUGAAGAGCUUACAGAAUUAGGAUCUGGUACAUUUGGGACUGUGUAUCAUGGAAAAUGGAGAGGCACUGAUGUUGCAAUCAAGCGGAUUACUGAUAGGUGCUUUGCAGGAAAGCCUUCAGAGCAAGAGCGAAUGAGAGCUGACUUCUGGAAUGAGGCAAUCAAGCUUGCUGACUUGCACCACCCAAAUGUGGUGGCAUUCUAUGGUGUUGUCCUUGAUGGCCCAGGAGGUUCUGUGGCAACAGUAACUGAAUAUAUGGUUAAUGGUUCUCUAAGAACUGCCUUGCUGAAGAAUGGGAGGAACCUUGACAAGCGCAAGCGACUCUUGAUUGCAAUGGAUGUGGCCUUUGGUAUGGAGUACCUGCAUGGAAAAAACAUAGUUCACUUUGACUUGAAAAGUGAUAACUUGCUUGUGAAUCUCCGAGAUCCCCACCGCCCAAUAUGCAAGGUUGGUGACUUGGGUCUUUCCAAAGUGAAGCGUCAGACACUGAUCUCUGGUGGUGUGAGAGGAACUCUACCUUGGAUGGCUCCAGAGCUGCUGAAUGGGAGCAGCAGCCUUGUUUCGGAGAAGGUUGAUGUUUUCUCAUUUGGUAUUGUGAUGUGGGAACUCUUGACUGGAGAAGAGCCAUACGCUGAUUUGCAUUAUGGUGCCAUUAUAGGUGGUAUUGUGAGCAACACUUUGCGCCCUCCAGUUCCGGAAUCUUGCGAUUCAAAAUGGAGGUUGUUGAUGGAGACUUGCUGGUCCUCAGAACCAUCGGAGAGACCUAGCUUCACUGAGAUUGCCAAUGAAUUGCGAUCCAUGGCGACCAAGAUCACUGCCAAAGGUCAAGCCCAACAGCAGCAGCAACCCUCUUCCUUGCAGAGCCAAGUGCAGAAAUGACUAAUUCUCGAUUUCUCUGGUUUGUGUUCCAUCCAAUUAUUUAACUCUGUCAACGCAUCGUGUGCAAUACUUAUUGAUAGGGAAGGUUUUGUUGGUUCAAGGAGUUGAUACACCAAGGCUGUUAGGGGCUAUCAGGCAUUUAGCUAUAUUGCACUUUUAUCUUACUACAUGAUACAACUCUUUAAGGGGAACAAUAUAGAAUUAUUCAUUUCUAUUUUGAAAAAGAAAAAUAUAUGUUCACACUUUGAUAGUGCUUGUAAAUACGGAUACUGUAAAGACUUGAACAUUUUUAAACCAUCGGUAUUAUUUCUUUUAAUUAA